GAAAGCACCAGUUCCCAUACUGCAAAGCAGCUUGUUCAAAAGAUUUUGCUCUACAUAAUGGAGGAUUUUAAUUGUGUGACCGAUGCCAUCCAAUGGAAAAUUCUCUUAAAACUUACACGUAGAAUCCAUGGAUGGCAGAUCAAAAAGACAUUAUUAAAAAAAUCAAUUGCCGGCUCACCCAAAAGGUUUUUACAAUUAAUUGAAUCCGAAGACACACAAGACGUCGAAAUCGGAUUUUGAUGCCUCCUCAAGAACUAUACCUAGCUCCAAUUAAAAGCAAAAUAAAGCGUGCUUUAAAACGUCUUUUAAAAAAGAAAUCUGAAACCCAAUUAGAUAAUACUGAAGAAGGCACCGGUACUGCAGCUGGUAAUGCCAAUGAAAAUGGUAAUAACAAUAUUACUAAUGGAGUCGCUAACGGUAAUCGAGCUGGUAAUCGAAUGGGUAAAUAUGGAUUUAUUUCCCAUUAAAGCUCUUAACGAAUUUAGUCGCAUGCUAGGUUUUCGGAGCUUUAAUGCGCUAUCCUUGUACUUAUUUCUUCAAACUAAAAUGGCCCUUCUUCUAGAAGUGAAUCCAAACCAAUUUAUGAUAUUUAAAAUUAUUCCAGGCAAUUAUCCACAUCUUGAAAUUGACCAAUCAAAUCCAACAAUAACAUUUAGUUGUCCUGGUCAAACUCCAACGAAUGUCGAAUUCAAACAGGCGUCAUAAUUGAUCUCCUUUAAACUUAUCUAAAUGUGAUAAUAUUCGAUGAAAUGUUUUCCAAUAAAUGUGUUCCUAUAGCUUGUCCAGCAAAAGUGAAUAGUAUUGAGUAUACUCGUGUAUAUUUCAAAGUGCUUGAAAUUGCCGAAAUCCUUAAGACAAUUUGGGGAAAAGCCUCCAUCAUCAAUUGGCUUGAUGAGGCCUUUGAACAUUUCAUCUCAAAGUUUUUUUCGUUCAAAAACAAAUUAAAA